AUGAUUCGAAUGCGCCUCGUCAUGAUUUUCCUUACCAUCAGCUGGCUGGCCCUCGCCAGUCUCAGUUCGGCCACUGUACACUUGGCGGUCGUCCUGCGAGCCCGUGCAAAAUCCGACCUCGUGACGCCGAGCGACUCCAUUUUGGACCUCACAUUUCAAAACCACAUGGACAACGUCGUCGACGGCAUGGUGAUUGCGGCCCUGGUUUCAGCCCUGUUUUCCAUCUUCGGGUUAAUCCUCGUGGUCUACCCGAAGUGA